CGGAUAAGCUGGAUAAACUGUGGAGCUUGGGAUUCCAUGACGCUGAUUGUCUGUUUGCCAUGCAUGAUUAUGUGCAAAAUGAAAAUAUUAAAGAAAUAAAAAUAUCGAAUAAUUUUACGGAAUUAUUAAAGCAAAAUAAACAAUCUUUAGUCUCACUCUCACUGGCGGAGAACACUUGCUUUGCUAUUUACAGGGACGAAACUCAGGAAGUGCUUAUAAAUUGUUUAACCAUUGAUGACAAUGGAGCAAUAGAAAUUUAUACCAAAGAAGUCAUACAGAAAACUGGUGUUAAACAAAUUUUACAAUUAAAUAUUGAUAAGAUCGCAUUGCUGCUAAGUGAGACUAUAGAAAUUUGGAGCGUUAAAGAUGACAUGAUCCUAAUACAAAACAUAUCUGUCAUGAAUUCACAACAAAUUGUAAAAGACACCCACAAUAAUGUGCUUUAUUUAGCUGCUAUAGAACCACACACAACAAACACUUCACGAGAAGGUACCAUUAACAUUUUUAAAUCAUUCAAUGGUUCAAAUUUUGUUGAUUUACAAUCGUUAAAUUGUGUGGAACCACAACAAAUUUUAUUCUCGAACAACAAAGAAUCGAAUGAUUUCAUCUUAUAUGUACUUAGAAAUGCUACAAAUCCAACAUUAAUAGCUUACCAACAUAAAGUUGACGUUGGUUUUAAGACGGUACUUGGUGUUUACACGUUAAACCCAGCCAAACAGCUGCAAAAUAUUCAAUUUACGUUGGAUCCGAAAUAUCUCAUCGCAUUAUACGGGAAAGAUGAUAUAACUAUUAUUGAAGCAAAGUUUGGAAUUCUUUAA